CUGGUGGUUACUGCGCAGUGGGAGCUCUCUGUGGGCAAUGGCUUCGCAUAUACAGUGUUUAGUGCCUUUGGUCUGUUCUACGCCGGUUAUGGUGCGAUCCUGACUCCAUCCUUUGGAAUUGUGGCGGCAUAUGGAGAUAACGUAAAAGAACUCAACAACGCUCUCGGGUUCUUCAUGAUCAGUCAGACAGUUUUCGCCUUGGUAUUCUUGGUGGCAUCAUUGCCGACAAACUUGGUAUACAUAAUCAUCUUCUUUACCGUGGAGCUGGGGUUCCUAUUGAUCGCUGCAUCCUAUUUCGCUGUAGCAGAUGGACAUGCCGGUGCCUCAAUUGCUCUCAAGAAGGGUGGUGGGGCUUUCUGCUUUUUGUCCGGAUUAGCCGGAUGGUACCUGGAGUUCGCCCUGUUGCUAAAAGACUCGAUUAUUGAGCUACCACUUGGAGACACUUCAAGGUUCUUCGCGAAGAGCAGGAAGACGGAGUAA